AUGAUUCUAUUAAACUGCUUGUUGGGCCUGUUGAAAAAUGAGUUUCAAGUCAAGGACGAAAUGAAGUUGACACACGACCUGCUGAUAUCCAACAGUAUUAAUCGAAGAGUUUUCGGAACAAUAGAAAACACAUUAAGGGCUAAAACAGCACAUCAUGCAGAGCAAGAGAAAUUAAUAGACACAAAACUUAAUAAUGUGGAACGAAUUAAUUUCAAAUGGAUUCCUUCAUUGAUUCUUGAAAUUCUUUUGCUAUCACCCACCCGUGCGUUCGUGAUUGCAGGCGCCAAAAAUUGA